AUGGUACAAUCCAAAAAGUUCAGAGGCGUCAGGCAACGUCACUGGGGUUCUUGGGUUUCCGAGAUUCGCCACCCUUUACUGAAGAGAAGGGUGUGGUUGGGGACCUUUGAGACGGCGGAGGAGGCAGCGAGAGCCUACGACGAGGCGGCGAUUUUGAUGAGUGGCCGGAAUGCUAAAACAAACUUCCCUUUCGUGGCUAGCCAGGAUGCAAAUGAUAAUAGUUCUCCAUCACCAUCAUCAUCAACCACCACAUCAUCUGCAAAUUCUCUUUCGACAAUUCUUAGUGCAAAACUGCGAAAGUGUUGUAAAUCACCAUCUCCUUCUCUCACUUGUUUAAGGUUAGACACUGAGAAUUCCCAUAUCGGAGUAUGGCAAAAGAGGGCCGGGGCACGUUCGGAUUCGAAUUGGAUGAUGACUGUUGAGUUUGACAAGAAGAAUGAUCAGCCACCGUUACCAUCGGCUGAGGUGGCGAUGGUGCCGGAGGAUUCGACGUCGAUGGAGAUCGAAACCCGGGAUGGGGUGGAUGAAGAAGAAAAAAUUGCAUUGCAAAUGGUUGAAGAACUUCUUAACAGGAAUUGA